AAAAAUAUAAAGACGCCACGUCCGCGUUGUGUCUGCCUCCUCUGUGACAGCCUGUCGCCAGUGGAACGAUGCGAGGAACGCAUCCGUACAGGAACGCAUCCGUACAGGAACGCAGAUUGACUUUGGAGAAAUCUGAUCGGCUUGUUUCUUUGUCUGUGUUCCAUUUUGGCUGACGGGUAUAAGCAGAGUGACAAGUGCAAGCAAUCCUGUACCCCCCCGAUGUGCAGGGAACUCCGUCGACUGAAGUCCCCCUUGCCUAGCCGACACCACUCCCUGGAUAGGGGGUGAAUGCUCUUUUCUUGUCACGUUUUUCAGGAGGAAUGACGGUGCUAUCAUGCCAGUGGAUGCCUUGUACGCAUCAAUAAGGAUGCAGUAAAUUCUCUGUGUUUGUUCUGCACGUCUGUGCGUCCGGCGGUUCACGGAUUAUGCCUCGCGUUCCAUUCCUUGCCGUGGUCAGUUUGCCCCCCCCUUUUGGCUGUCGUGACUUUCCUGAUCCUGCGCGUGAUGACUGGCCUCAAUAUCGCACGGCGUCUGGGAGUCGUCCCACGAGUGAAAGACCAUGGGGCUGAGAAGCUUCUCUGUCUUUCUUCUCUCGUUGUUCUUCCUCUCUUCACCACUGGUCGCGCUUUGCUUGCAGCCUCCUGACUCAUGUGACGGGAUCACAGGCCCGAAAACUUCGCAUUUCACUCACUCUCGAAAUUUCACUCUUCGCUGCUUUGCGCCUGUAGCAUGCGCCUCCAGGGUGGUCUCUAGUUACAAGCGGAAAUGCAGGCAGGCCUUUGUGUUCCCGACUUCUACGAGAAGAGCUAGCCCUCUUUCCUUUUCUUUUAUCCCCCCUGUCCGCGGUAGAGCCAGAGAAGAUGCAUCUGCUCCAAGUCGCGCAUGCCGCUCUGCGGUCUUGCCGCCUGUUCUCUCGCUGGGGCGUCGCCUUCCCGAGGGCCAACCUCCUUUCCAGAGAUGCGGGUUUUCCGCCGCUGCCUUGUGGUUCCCGCUCAUCGGCACGACCCCUAUCGGAGCUCGUGCAGACGGAAGAAUCCCGUAUCUCGCACCUCUCUCUCAGGUAGCCUGGUCCGGUGUUCCGCUGGAACCAAGAGGGAUUUCUGUCGUGGAGUCUGUUUUUCUCCCCUCGGGUGCACAAGUCCUUGGACGACACGGAACGCACGCAGGGAGAGGAGGAGAACACCUGCCGCAGUUGUUUGCAUCUGGCGAUCGGCACCUGCCGGAUUCUGGAGACGACGGCGCUGCCAUGGAACGCGUCGAGAAAGAAGAGGUCCACGAAGAGACGACUACAACACAAGAAAAUAAGGAAGAAGAACAAGAAGUAGAGGACGACCAAAAGAAGCAGGCGGAGCGAAGAGCGCGCCUGAAAGCGUGGCAGGUGGUCCUGCAUAACGAUGAGAUUCACGCCAUCCCUCAUGUUACAGAUUUGCUCGUCGAUGCGGUGCCGUCUCUCACUAAGGCAAAGGCGCACUCCAUAACCGUCCAAGCACACAAAACAGGUCUCGCCCUCGUUCUCCGAACGUGGAGAGAAAAAGCGACAGAAAUCUAUCGGAAGCUGAAAGCAAACGGACUAACCAUCUCGCUGGUCCCCAGCAAGAGGAAAGACAAACAGGAAGACCGGGACGAAGGCGAAGGAAUAGGAGGAACUGAAGAUGGUGAUGAUGAUCGAGGUGAAAAUGAGGAUAUACCCGACGGAAAAGACAACGGUGACAGUGGUGAUCAUGUCUGAGGAAGUCAGAUAAAUAGCCAAAACGCCACCGAAACACAAGCGACAGACUCCGAGACACAGAGAGUCUGCUUCGUCUCCCGAUUCUUGAGUCGUCCGUGUUCCUUACAAAAGACCCGCUCUGAGCUCUUUCCUCGCCAGGUGACGGCGUCCCCAGUUAUCGGUUGAUUCUCGAGGCAACUUAGGCCUGCCGCGCUCAGCUUCGAACAUCUUCUGACCAAAGAGUGCAAGCGUCAUUUUCACAUUUUCUGCAGAGCGCGGGACACAAGGCCUCUUUCUGUCUUUGCUGCGUUUUCCAGGUUCCUCGUGGCUCGCUGCCGGUGUUCUCGUGCAACAGGCAUGCGCUUUUGGAUGCUCUACGAUCUGUACUAAGUUUCCUCUCAACUGGAUGAACGGUUUUUGAUGCACAUGCAUGCAGUUUUUGAUUUCCAUGUAAAACAGCUUGUUUAACCUAACGUUUCUUGUAUUCCUUUUAGUACAGCAUCCGCCUUCGUUGUCAAACUGUUACAGUGUGUCGCGACAAGUACAUUUCUCUACGGCGAUGUCCCAUGGGGGUUCGUGGCCUGUGACCGACGCAUUCGUACGCUCUCAUCAAAACCGAGCGAACACCUAAACUCGACAGUGCGGACUGCGUGCUGUCUCACGAGAAAUAACAGAGAAGA